ACCUCCUCACUAUAUAGCCAAGCCAUCGCUAAAGAGGACUCUAAAAAUCGCUAGAGAGAGAAAGAAAGGAAGAGAGAGAGAGAGAGGUAGGGUUUGUGAAAAAAUGGCUGAGGAGAGUGAACAGAGGAUGAAGGGCUGCGUGAAGUGGUUCAGUGACCAGAAGGGGUUUGGGUUCAUAACCCCCGACGACGGCAGCGAAGAUCUGUUUGUUCACCAGUCCGGUAUCAGAUCUGAGGGUUUCCGCAGCCUCGCUGAAGGGGAGGUUGUGGAGUUUGAGGUUUCGUCUGGUGACGACGGCCGUACCAAGGCCGUUAACGUUACGGGCCCUGAUGGAGGCCCCGUUCAAGGAGGACCAAGCGGCGGCGGCCGUGGCGGCGGCGGCGGCCGUGGCGGAGGCGGGGGAUAUGGCUUUAACAGCGGAAGCCGGAGCGGCGGUGGCCGUGGUGGUGGCUACGGAGGCGGCGGCGGUGGCUACGGAGGUGGUGGAGGCUACGGCGGUGGCGGGUAUGGAGGAGGCGGCGGCGGCUACGGUGGCGGAGGUUACGGUGGAGGCGGAGGCGGCCGUGGUGGAGGCUGUUUCAAAUGUGGCGAGGAUGGGCACUUUGCUAGGGAGUGCACACAGAGCGGAGGCGGAGGAGGUGGCGGUGGCCGUUACGGCGGCGGAGGCGGAGGCGGCGGUGGUUGCUUCAGCUGUGGGGAGGAUGGGCACUUUGCUCGUGACUGCCCAAACAGCAAUCGCUAGACUGUUUACCCAACAACCAACCCAGAGGGAGGGAAAAUGUGGAUCAUCACAUUCCAUUCCUCUGUUCUAUGCCCUUUCAUUUUGUUUCAACUGUUUUUGUGAACUGGUGAUGAAAAAAAAACUAGCUAGCCACCUAUCUUCUUUUUAAGUCUUUUUUGCUGCUUAUGAUGCUCAGUAGUAGAAGUAAUGAAAAAUUAAUGUGUUUUGGGAUUUGGAGUGUAAUAUGCUUGGUUGGUUUAGUUAUAAUCCAUGAAUCUUGAAAUCUA